GCCAGGAAAGAGGAGGCGGAGGGGCUCGGUCGGAGUUUGGUCACGUGACAGUCCCGAGACACGGUUGGGGGGUUGGGUUGCCCUGCGCGGCAAAGCGGGAGGAGGCGAUACCUGCGCUGGGCGAGUGGAUUACGCGCGGCCGAGGCCUUGAGGCCUGCCUACGGAGGAGGGAAGCGGGGGUCGCCCUCCUCUCCACGCCGCUGUUCCCCAACUCUCCCGCCGGCCCGGAUCACAGCAAAGGUGGGUCUCUUCGCUUUGAGUCUGCAGCUGCUCGGGGAGAGUUGUAGCGUUGGGAACAGGUGUCGGGGCUGCCGCAGAGGAAGACGCCCUCGAGUCAGGAUUGGGCCCACUGCCACUGUCUGUGCUGGACGCGGUUCUGAAAGUGCACUAUCACUCAGGAGAGAAGAAGUGUUGCAAGGUUUCGGUGUGGGAUGCCGAACACAGCCAUGAAGAAGAAGGUGCUGUUGAUGGGCAAAAGUGGGUCUGGCAAGACCAGCAUGAGAUCCAUUAUUUUCGCAAACUACAUUGCACGGGAUACCCGGCGCCUCGGAGCUACGAUUGAUGUGGAACAUUCUCAUGUUCGGUUUCUGGGCAAUCUGGUGUUAAACUUGUGGGACUGUGGAGGACAGGACACCUUCAUGGAGAAUUACUUCACUAGCCAGCGUGAUAACAUCUUUCGCAAUGUAGAAGUCUUGAUCUAUGUCUUUGACGUGGAGAGCAGGGAGCUUGAGAAAGACAUGCACUAUUACCAGUCAUGUCUAGAAGCCAUUCUUCAGAACUCAUCCGAUGCCAAAAUCUUCUGCCUCGUGCACAAGAUGGACUUGGUGCAGGAGGACCAACGUGACCUGAUUUUCAAAGAGAGAGAAGAAGAUUUGAAGCGUCUGUCCCGUCCUUUGGAAUGUGCCUGCUUUAGAACUUCUAUCUGGGAUGAAACUCUUUACAAGGCUUGGUCCAGUAUAGUCUACCAGCUGAUCCCCAACGUCCAACAACUAGAGACAAAUCUCAGGAACUUUGCUCAGAUCAUUGAAGCUGAUGAAGUUCUUCUGUUUGAAAGAGCCACUUUUCUGGUCAUUUCCCACUAUCAAUGUAAAGAACAACGUGAUAUCCACAGAUUUGAGAAAAUCAGCAACAUUAUUAAACAAUUCAAGUUGAGCUGCAGCAAACUGGCAGCCUCUUUCCAGAGCAUGGAGGUCAGGAACUCCAACUUUGCAGCCUUCAUCGAUAUCUUUACAUCAAACACUUACGUGAUGGUUGUCAUGUCGGAUCCUUCCAUACCUUCUGCUGCCACGUUGAUCAACAUUCGAAAUGCCAGGAAGCACUUUGAGAAGCUGGAGAGGGUGGAUGGGCCAAAGCACAGCCUGCUCAUGCGCUGAGUAGUCAAGGGGGGAGCACCAUGGGAAGGACUGCUCAGUUCCUAGGAGACUCUAACAUUGUGGGUGUCUGUUUUGUGGGCUUUGAAAUGAGUGUGCUGCUUUCCACCGCAAUCUUGUUCUUUUCUCUUAACGUCGGCUGCUGGUCCACAAGACAAAGUUGGGGAUGUGCUGCAGACCUUCCAGAACUGCUUGGGGGGAAGGUCUCCUACCAGGGUUGGGCUUUGCUCCUGGUCUGUCAAAUAGCAAAGCCUUUCCACAAUUUCUGCUUGGUUCCAAACAAUGAUAAACUACAAAGAUGGAAUAUUUACUAUUUUAUCAACAAGUUGCUAGAGUACAUUUAUAAACUUCUUGUCUUCGAUCAUGACAAUAAAUUUUGUUACCAGGAACCUGAG